CUUGACAUGGGGACAGCUCUAUUUUGUGAAGUCUUCAGCUUACAAGAAGUCCAUGAACCUGAGUUCUGCAAUGAAAUGCUGCAGGAAAAGGUGAAGUUCAAGAAUUUUGAGGAAUUGGUAAUCAGUCGGGAACUGGCUCUUGUAGAUGAGAUGUUCAAAUCACUGCCCGUGCCAGUUCUCCCCGACUCUAUAUUAGGAACAUAUCGCGCAACUUUCUUUCUGGAGGCAUCCCGACUAUGAUUGGAGACAUGAAAUCGCUCGAGUCACUAGAUCUUUCGAACAAUCACCUUUCAAGAACAAUCCCGCAAAGCUUUUCUGCAUUCACAUCACUGAGCAAACUAAACUUGUCUCACAACAACUUCGCGGGGCCAAUUCCCAGAGGAAAUCAAAUCCAGACCCUUGAUGAUCCUUCUAUUUAUACCGACAAUACUCUACUUUGUGGCGAUCCUCUACAAAAGAAAUGCCCCAGUGCGGAGGCCCCUCAAGCGCCAGAAGAAGAUGCCAAUGAAGAAGGUAAGCUUGAAAGGGUGAUGUUCUACCUCGUCAUAAUGUUCGGGUUUGCAAUUGGGUUUUGGGGAGUUGUUGGCGGUUUGGUGUACAAGAAGAAUUGGAGACGCGCCUACUUCGGCUACGUGGAUCGUAAAGCAGACAUGGUGUACGUGAUUGUCGCAGUGAAGGCAGCUGAGUUGAGGAGGGGACUGAGAAGAGCGUAACAGGCCUGUUCUCCACAUCAAUCAGUCCAAUGCGUCAUUGAUCUCGUGAAGUUCUUGUUUUCUUGUUCAAGCAGAAUCGUCUUAGUAGUUGGCUUGUUUCUCCUUUUGACUAGUAGCCAAUUUUUUGUUUUAUUCAAUUUCAAGCUUGUCCGAGCAGGCCAUCACCAGAACGGCAUGGGGAGUGCAAAUCAUGUCAUUUUGUAAUUUAGUAUUGCUCAACAAUUUAGCAGUACUUUGUGUUCUUAUGCUCAUGAUGUUUUGCUUGUUAAAGAUGUGAAAUUAUGUUAGCAAGUUCCAUUUACGUCC